AUGGUUGGAGCUGAUGAAAGAAAAGGCUAUCAGAUUACCAAAGCACUCGUAAAAAGAGAGAUACCAGUGGAGCUCGGUAAUCUUAAGAAAUUACAGAGACUGAAUUGCUUUCAGAAUGAGUUAACUGGUUCCAUCCCUCCAAGCAUUUUCAACGUGUCAACACUGCAGAUAUUAGCACUUUCAUUCAACAAGUUUUCAGGUCCGAUUCCUAAUUCACUUGGUAACUUAGAAUACCUUGAGUAUCUGAACUUGGGCAUGAAUCAUUUCUUCAGCGAUUCAACAUUGAGCUUCCUAACAUCAUUAACAAACUGUAGGAAUCUAAGAUCACUAACGUUUGAUGAUAAUCCAUUGGAUGGUGUUUUGCCUGCAUCUGUUGGUAAUUUAUCUGACUCUUUACAAUCAUUUGAAGGAAACCAUUGUAAACUUAAGGGCAUCAUUCCUCAAGAUAUUGGCAAUCUUACUGGUCUAACAAGGAUGAGCUUGUCAGGAAAUCAGUUUUCUGGUUCCGUGCCACCAUGCUUAGGGAAUGUUACCAGCUUAAGGUAUCUUUUUCUAGCUUACAACAGGCUGAAUUCAAGGUUACCUGCAAGCUUGGGGAGCCUUCAAGAUCUCAUAGAAUUCGAUGUUUCAUCCAAUUUUUUGAGUGGGAAAAUCCCCCAGGAGAUUGGAAAUUUAAAGGCUGCAAUACUCAUUGAUUUGUCAAAAAAUAAAUUUUCUGGAAACAUUCCUAGCACUCUAGGGGGUCUAGACAAAUUGAUUAAUCUUUCUUUGGCACAUAAUAGAUUAGAUGGGCCUAUUCCAAAUUCAUUUGGCAAAAUGUUGGCGUUGGAAUUCUUGGAUUUGUGCUAUAACAAUCUUAGUGGUGAAAUUCCAAAAUCUUUAGAAGCUCUUGUGUAUCUCAAAUACCUGAACUUCUCAUUCAAUAAACUUAGUGGAGAGAUUCCCACUGGUGGUUAUUUUGCAAAUACCACAAGUCAAUCUUUCUUGUCCAAUGAUGCACUCUGUGGUGACUCCCGGUUUAACGUGAAACCAUGUGUCAUCCAAUCUUCCAUGAGGAAAAAGGUCAAACGGAGAUGUGUCUUUGUAAAAGGGCACGAAAGAAUUUCCUAUUAUGAACUGGAACAGGCAACAAACGGAUUCGAUGAAAGCAACUUGCUUGGUAAUGGGAGUUUCAGCAUGGUCUACAAAGGGAUACUUAAGGAUGGUACCCUUUUCGCAGUAAAGGUCUUCAAUGUGCAAUUGGAGGGUGCAUUCAACAAUUUUGACACAGAAUGUGAGAUACUUCGAAACCUUCGCCACAGAAAUCUGAUCAAAGUCAUAACAAGCUGCUCCAACCCUGAUUUUAAGGCCCUAGCGUUGGAAUACAUGCCCAAUGGGACACUUGAUAAAUGGUUAUACUCUCACAACUUGUUCAUGAAUUUAUUGCAGAGAUUAGAUAUAAUGAUAGAUGUUGGAUCAGCAAUGGACUAUCUCCAUAAUGGUUGUUCAAUACCUGUGGUGCAUUCUGACUUGAAGCCAAACAAUGUCUUGCUAGAUCAAGAAAUGGUUGGUCAUGUCAGUGAUUUUGGCAUUGCAAAAUUGUUAGGUACAGGGAAGGAUUUUGUUCAAACAAGGACAAUUGCAACUAUUGGAUAUAUUGCUCCAGAGUAUGGACAAGAUGGAAUAGUAUCGAUGAGCUGCGAUGUUUAUAGUUUUGGCAUCCUGAUGAUGGAGACAUUCACAAGAACAAAACCAAGUGAUGAAAUAUUUACUGGAGACUUGAGCAUACAACGUUGGGUUAGUGAUUCCUUCCCAAGUGAAAUUCAUAACGUGGUGGAUUCUAAUUUGGUACAGCCAUGGGAUGAACAAAUCGACGCAAAGAUGCAAUGUUUGUCAUCUAUCAUGGAAUUAGCUUUGAGCUGCACUUUAGCGACACCAAAUGCAAGAAUUAGCAUGAAAGAUUCUCUUUCAACACUUAAGAAGAUUAGGUUCCAGUUUGUUAGUAGUCGGCACUAG